UUAGUCGACUGUUUAUACGCCCUGACUGUUCAGUCAGACUAGUUGUCUGGGGGUAGGAAAGCAGUGCUCACUAGUGAGCACUGGGUUUUAGAUAACUGGCCCGAUAUUAGCCGUAAUUUGGUCGGGGAUAUCAUGUCUUAAGUACUAUAUUGGACAUUACUGGCCUAACUGUAUGCCUAAACCGACCGAUAGUGACCAAACUAAGUGACCAAAAAAACCAUUGGAAAUGUCGACAUAAUGGCUAAACCACGUGACUAUGUAUUUAACCCAAUGAGCGCCGCUGUCAGUCAAUCAUUGCCAGCCAUUUAACGGCUCGACUACUUCAUCAUUAAGAGACACCUAUUGAAUGUGUGAUAAACUCUGAUCGCUUGUCUGUCUGUAUGUAUGUAUGCCAUCAGUGAUUGUCGGUUUAAGUCAAUAGAGACACUAUUGAAUCGUUUCAAUGGAGGCCGGGUAUGAAUUUGACAAAAAAAAGUGAUCACUCAAAUGUGUUUGCUUUACUAACUGUCAUAUAAAUAUGACCAAAAGGAUGGGCGGACCACAAGAGUCGUCGGCGCAAAACAUUGUCAAAGGCUUUGUAUCGGCGCCUAAUCUAGCGAUGAAUGCACCGACCGUACCGAUGAUUGGCACUCAACAGCAAUCCCAACAACAACAACCAAACAGUUUUAAUUCUCAACAAAAAGAUAUGAUGUCUGUGUCAGUGAAAUCGGAACCCGAUGUCGAUUCGCCGGUUUUAGAGCCGGUCAAUGGUAUGGUUCAGCCGCCAUUCAUUCCCGGACCAAACAAAAAGCGCCGAAAUACUAAUAAACUACAGUUCCUGUUGAAAGUGGUAAUGAAAUCAGUCUGGAAGCACCACUACGCCUGGCCAUUCCAUACACCAGUCGACUCUAUCAAACUAAGACUACCAGACUAUUAUAAGAUUAUUACCAAACCGAUGGAUUUGGGAACAGUUAAGAAACGAUUGGAAAACUAUUGGUACUAUUCAGCUGAUGAAUGUAUCGAUGAUAUUAAUCAGAUGUUUGCCAAUUGUUAUCAUUAUAACAAACCCGGCGAAGAUGUUGUCCUAAUGGCUCAGUCCGUCGAAAGGGAUUUCAAACAAAGAUUACAGAAUAUACCCGUCGAAGAAACAGAAAUACCUAUGCCUUCAGUUAAGAAUGCAAAGGGAAAGAAAGGCAAAGGAAAGGGUGGUCCCCGAGGCAGAGGCGCCGCUUCAUUUCAAGCGACCCGAAGUAAUAUAAAUGCAUCACAAGCGGGUGCUUCCGCUGCCCCGCCAUUAGCUGUACAGCAGCCUCAGCCACCACUACCACCACCAACAGUGUCAUCAGUUUUGCAGAACUCUGUGGGUGCGCCCAAACAGCCGGUGAUAAAUACGCCGGCCAUCGGCCACCAGACUAGUGUCACAAAUUCAGGUUCAGUGUCCGUCCCAAUGCAUACGAGUUCACCCAUUAUUAAUACGACUUCAAUCAACAAACUUAUGCCCAUAUCUACCAUCUCUAAUACGACUUCAACCCAUACAGCCGGUGGUGGUCCUCAUCAGCGCGGAUUUGUCGACGGAAUGACACCCAUAACAUCACUUCCGACGGCAACCGUUCCACCCAUUCCUCAGCAGACAACAAGUUCACCUAACAUUCAAAACACAUCAUUCAGAAACAGUGGACCCUCUGUUAUGCCGGCCAUUCAUUCGUCCGGUCCGUCGAAACCUAAAAAAGGAGUCAAACGAAAAGCAGACACAACAACACCAUUAGACUCAAGUAUAUCAUCCGCUUAUAAUAUACAGGUUAGCGAACCAAAGCCAUCAAAGAUGUCAACUCGUCGAGAGAGUGGUCGACCAAUAAAGAAACCCUCAAAAGACUUACCCGACACCGCACAACACGUAUCGAAACCGAAAAAAGGAAAAAUGACCGAAAAGAUGAAAUAUUGUAGCGCUAUAUUGAAGGAGUUGUUUGCCAAAAAACAUGCCGGCUAUGCCUGGCCUUUCUAUAAGCCCGUCGACACUGAAUUACUUCAACUCCAUGAUUAUCACGAGAUUAUUAAGAAUCCAAUGGAUUUGGGAACAGCAAAGUUAAAAAUGGAUAAUAGAGAAUACCGACGACCAGAAGAGUUUGCAGCUGAUGUUCGGUUAAUAUUUACCAAUUGCUAUAAGUAUAACCCUCCGGACCAUGAAGUGGUAGCCAUGGCUAGAAAAUUACAGGAUGUAUUCGAAAUGCGAUUGGCAAAGAUGCCCGACGAACUUGGCCUCGGAUCCGGUGGAUCGGACAGCAGUGAUAGCAGUUCCAGUGGAAGCUCUACUCCAAGCUCAUCGAGUAGUGAAAGUGAUAGUGAACACGAAAGAACCGAAAAAAUAAAGUUAUUAGAGGAACAGCUGAAGAAGAUGACGGAACAGAUUGCGUUCUUAGCUCAAGAGGGUAUAAAUAAAAAGUCGUCGAAAAAGAAACGAAAGGAAAAGAAACCGAAAACCAAGUCUAAGAAAGAUAAAGACGACAAUAAAGUUGAGGUCAAAAAAGAGAAGGAAGACUUUGUCGAUGGCUCUUCACUGAUUGCCGGAAGCAAUAUACCACUUAUCGGUAAUUCGGGUCCAAAUGCCGGCUCCACUACUAAUAUCGGCCCAAACAAUGAAAUUAACACAAAUAUACCAAUAGGUAAGCCCUCGCGUGGGGCCAAUAAAGUCUUGCCCGGCGCUGCAUCUAAAGGCCAGAAUUCCCAAAACAAAUCAGCAACGACUGCUCCGGGAAAAAGACAGAGAUCUAAUAGUAGUAAAGUGAAUAAAAAGAAUGCCAACAAAAUGAUGGCAGUAUAUGAAAGUGAAGACGAAGACAAUGCCAAACCUAUGUCUUAUGAUGAGAAAAGACAACUCAGUCUUGACAUCAAUAAAUUGCCGGGUGAUAAAUUAGGAAAAGUUGUUCACAUUAUUCAAUCGCGAGAGCCAUCGCUUAGGGAUUCAAAUCCAGAUGAAAUAGAAAUAGAUUUCGAGACAUUAAAACCGUCGACACUAAGAGAAUUGGAGAGCUAUGUGGCGACCUGUUUAAGGAAAAAGCCGAGAAAACCUUACAAUACUAAAAACAAACAAGCGGCUGCCGCUGCUAUUGCAUUAGCCAGUGUCAAAACACAAGAGGAUACGGAGAAAAAGAAACAGGAGCUCGAAAAACGUCUGAAAGAUGUUAGCGGACAGUUGGGUACCACCAACAAGAAGACGCCCAAAAAAGAUCCCUAUGCUUUCACAGAUUCUGAGAACAGUCACGCAGCCGCCGAUGUCGGUCCCACAUCAAGACUAAGUGCCAGCAGUUCGAGCUCGAGUGACAGCGACAGUAGCAGUAGUUCGAGUUCCAGUAGUUCCAGUGAUAGCAGCGAUUCUGAAUCAGAGUCACCUAAAAAGAAGGCCAACACAAAUAAAACGAUGGGUCAGUUCACUGCACCCCAUACACAGCACACGCCUACAUUUCCCGGCACUCUUCCCAUAAAUCAAUCCUAUAAUCAACAACAAUCAAUGACCGCCAAUCUUGAGCCGCCACAAGUGCCGCCAAAUAAAGCGUUCGGGAGUCAGCCGUUCAACCAGCCAUUGCCUAACUCUGUCGCUCCCAAUAGCUCAGGCGUAUCGUCGUCUAUAGUAAAACCAGCAAUAGUGGCCUCGCAUUCAAGCCUUCCUCAACAACCGCAACGGACGACAGCUAUGGCAACAGCAGCGCCCACCCGAAAGCAUGUUACUCCUGCUCCAGGUGCUCAACAAACACAACCAUCACCGACAACAGUUAAACCUCUAAUAUCAUUGAAUGCCAAUCAAGAAACCAAUAACAUUAGGGACUCACCAAAAGUCAACGCAUCUCAUUUUGCUUCUCCAUCUAUUCCUACAGGGUCGACACAGUUGUCAAACCAACAAAAAAUAAUUAAAGAUGAUUUUAACGCCAAUAAUUUACAGUCAAAUGCACGACAUAUUUCAGAUUAUAAUUCAGCAAAUUCGGUGAAUUACGAUAUGUUAGCAAUGAAUUCACCGACAAAUGGUGAGAAAAAGGAGUCGUCCUCAAAGUCAUUAUCUGUUUCUAUGUCUCAGUCAACUACAUCUGUGAUGCCGUCGACCAACAAGAAACCCAAUGCAUCAUCUGAGUUGGCAUCGAAAAGCGCCAGCGGUUUGGGUGGUUGGAAGGCUUUGGGCCAAACAACUAGCGGCGGCAGUGAUCGUAUCAAUAAGGUUGCGGCCGAAAACAGUUUCGAACAAUUCAAAAAACAGGCCAAAGAAAAACAGGACCGACAAAAACAAUUAAUUGUUCAGCAAGAGUUCAAACGGACACAAAAAGAACGAGAAGAAAGAGAACGAAUCCGAUUAGAAAAAGAAAGACAACGAGAAAAAGCUGAAGAAGAGCUACUGGAAAGGCAUCGGAAGGCACAACAGCAGCAAAUAGACAGUUCACGUAAUCAAUCAUCUAAUUCAUCGCCUGCUUCCGGGUCGGGAUCUCCAUCACAGGUGGCAUUGACUGCAUCAGAUCGGGACAGACUUAGACAGCAGGAAAAAGAAAGACGAAUGAGAGAAGCGAGAGCCCAACAAAUCGAUUUGAACCGACAGAGCGAUGUGAUGGCUAGUUUUGAAGAAAUGUUGUGAUUUAGUUGUUUUUAUAUUAUUAUAUUAUUUAAAAUCAUUGAAU